AUGGCCGCAGAUAAGAUGGAAGAAAUUACACACCGAGGAAAACUCCCGAUUCUUGUUGGGGGUUCAACUUCGCUCGCUAUUCCUUUACUGCAUGAGGCUAUUAAGCGACAGUACCGGUUCAUUGCAGCAACUUUGGUUCCACGUCAAUCCACAUACUGGCAGUUCAUCCAAGUUAGUGCCAGCGAGAUGCUCGAACGCGGCCUGCUGGAUGAGCUUGAGGAGUUGAGAGAUCUGCAGCAGAGUUUGCUCGCUGACAACGCAUGCUUCCAUAAAGGUGUCUGGAAGGCCAUCGGGUACCAGGAGUUCUAUCCGUAUCUCGAAGCAGACACGUCAUGCAGCAGCCGUCAGUCCUCGUUCCAGAGAGGUCUCGCACUCAUGAACGCCAACACCUUGCAGUAUAGCUUCCAUCAGCUCGAAUGGAUACGCUCCAUCCUGAGCCCUUUCCUGAAUCAAGCGGGUGUAGUCUGCCACAUUGAACUCGAGCGCAAAAUCUCGAGUGGUUGGUCUAUUGUAGGACCCCCUUUUCUCCGGCUCGUUGAGAUUGAGCUGACCUUCACCAGUGGCGGAUCUUCGCCGGGGAAUGAUCCGAAACACAUUGAUGCAGCAAAGAAACUUGCUUUUGCUCUGCACCAGCAUAACUUCAAGCUUGUCUACGGCGGCGGAACAACUGGGAUCAUGGGUGCCAUUGCCAGCACUCUCGUAACACUAUCCGGCCCAAGCGCAGUCCAGGGCAUCAUUCCCGUCGCACUCGCAAAGUACGAAGAGAGAGUCACCAAGAAGAGUGCCGAUCCGUCAAAGUUCGGAAGACGGACCGUUGUAAAGGACAUGCAUACCCGCAAGAGACUCAUGAUCGACGCAGUCAUUGGUGGUACCCCCGGGAGUGGCUUUGUCGCUCUAAGUGGCGGAUAUGGCACUUUGGAGGAACUCCUUGAAACAACGACUUGGUACCAGCUUGGUAUACACCAGUGCGGUAUCUGCGUCUUUGACGUGUGCGGGUUUUACAAGGGUUUGCUGGACUGGGUUCAUCAAGCUGCACUGGCAGGGUUUGUUGGCACGGAGGAUGCUACUAUUCUGAGGAUCGCAACGACAGCCGAGGAAGCCAUUGGCUAUCUCGGUAGCCAAAAUGGGCGUUAUUCACGAAAAGGUCAGCUUGAAUGGGAUUAG